UCUAGUUUUCAAUGUUGUUACAGAGAAUUUUGACAAGAAAAAACAGUCUCAGUGGAGUUCAGUACCGAGAUGAACCUGCUAUAUUUGCAUGGGAGCUUAUGAACGAACCUCGUUGUCUUUCAGACGUAUCUGGACAGACUCUCCAGGCAUGGAUUACAGAAAUGGCACAGUUUUUGAAGUCAAUUGAUGGUAAUCACCUUCUAACUGUUGGGCAUGAAGGUUUCUAUGGGCCAACAACUCCAGAAAAAUUUGAAGUGAACCCAGGAGAUUGGGCUCAGGCACUUGGUGUUGAUUUCAUGCACAAUUCAGCUAUUGAGGCUAUUGACUUUGCAUCAGUCCAUGCUUAUCCUGAUAGCUGGGUUCCCGAUAAGGAACUAGAUGGCAAACUUGGAUAUUUUUCUAGAUGGGUGAAAUCUCAUAUUGAGGAUGGAGAGCAAGUCCUGAAGAAGCCGGUACUUUUCACAGAGUUUGGAUUGUCGUCACUAUGUAAAGACUAUGAAGCAAGCCACCGAGAUCUCUUAUUGAAGACAAUGUAUGAUAAGAUAUAUGAGUCGGCAAAGGAAGGUGGAGCUGGAGCUGGAGCUAUGGUUUGGCAAUUUGUACUAGAAGGGAUGGAAGAGUAUGGUGAUGAAUUUUCUAUCAUCCCAUGGCAGCGGCAGUCGACAUAUAACCGGAUAAUAGAACAAUCCUGCCGAUUGCAAAUUCUUAGGAGGACUGAAGGUGAAGAAAAGCAAAGCUUAUCUGCUGCCUGUGCAAGCUUAUAAACAAAUAUCUUUUGCAAUCUGCAAACUAGGGUAUAUGGUAUGAUAAUGUUGCAUUAAAAUUCAAAGCCUCGGGGUUGCAGGAAUUAGUUUCAGAAAACCAUUUCUUGUUCCAUUAGACUCUGCAGUGGCAGAGAUACAUAAAUAGUUAUCGAACCUUAUAAGCUAACUGUAGAGUAAUUUUUUGUAUAAACAUUGAAUUUCAUUGUGAGUGGCCUAUUUCAAGACCAAUAUCUUUUGAACUUUGGAUAUAAUUAUAAGUUGGACUUGAGAAAGCUGCUGAAGCUCACACUAUACACAAUUUCAAAAUUACAACUCCAGCACUCUAAAAUGUAUUCUUGGUUCCAAGAAAACUUUAAAAGGCUAAUGAUGAAGGCAUUGGCAGAAUCUGUUUUGAGGAAGGAAA